AUGUCAAUGCGUCCAACACUCUUCACGCGCGGCCUCUCGGGCCUGUCGCAAAGCACCGACGCCAACUCACCGAGCGUUGCAUCCCCUGCCGAGCAGCGUGACGAUGCGAAGCGCAACUUCCUGAAGGCUAUGCGCCCGUUGCCGACCCAGCACUACUGGCACGUUUGGUUCGACCGGCAGCGGGACAACCAGCAGCAGCAGCAGCAGCAGCAGCAAUCGGGACCCGGAGGGCAGCAAACGCAGUCGAGCGGCGAGUACACAGCGCAUCUGGAGCAGCUGCCAGGCCGGAUUGAGAGCGUGCAGGACUUCUGGCGGUACCACAACAACACGCCGAUUGACCAGAUCAAGAUGCGUGAGAGCAUCUAUCUGUUUAAGGCGGGCUUCCGGCCUGUGUGGGAGGAUCGCCGGAAUGUGUUGGGCGGUGCGUGGACCUUCCGCGUGCCGAAGAGCAUCGGCCCGGAUGUGUGGACGCGCGUGCAAUUGUUGGCGGUAGGAGAAAAGUUGCAGAGCGUGUUGGAAGAGGGCGACCAAAUCUGCGGAGUUGGUCUGUCAGUGCGCUUCAAUUCCCACCUGAUCUCCAUCUGGCACCGUGACUCGUCGCGCAAAAAGUCGAUUGACAACAUGCUGCAGUGUGUGCUAGAAGAGCUGCCCCCAGAGCUUCGUCCGCGCCCAGACAACUACUUCUACAAACGCCAUGCCGAUCAUGCUGGCUUCAAAGCUCCACCUGAGCUUCAGGCGGUGAUUGACUCUCAACGCGCGAGGGAAGCGGCUGAGGCGAAGGCUGCGGCCGAAAAGGAAGCCCAGGAAAAGGCUAGCAAGCAGGAGCAGCAAGAGCAACAGCAAGAGGAGAAAGCUGACGGGGCGAACGGAGCGUAG